AUUAGCGCAGAAUGUGCAAGGGAGGUUCAAGAGCUCACAAAAGUGGAGAACGGGUUGCAUUUUAGCGCUGUGCAUGCGAAAGCUGAGCAAAUAGAGGGCUUCCAAAUUGAUGAUAUGGCUCUACAGAUCGCGGGAGAGGCACCAGUGCUAUGGGCCCUGCUUGAUUCCCUCUUGUCCGCGAGAGCUCUUCAAGUCUCGAAAAUCGAAAGCAAAGGGCACACGGAGAUCGGAAUUUUGGUAUCAGAUGCGCAAGAAGCUGAGGACUCAGAAUACUGGGCUCAAGUAGAUGACCUAGAAGGUGUUAUAGAAGGCAUCACUGGUGAUUGUAUAUCGAGAGCUGAGCGCCUCACAUCUCAACGUAGUGCGACAAUGAUGCUGCAGAAAGUAGUAAUUGUUUCACUUCUAAAGAAAAGCACAAAUCAGAAAGCCAACUCGCUGUCAAGCAUACUCGGAAUAUUUUUGCAUUCAACACAUGCACCAGAGAAAGUCAUCGAAAUGAUGGCGAAGAUGGGUCUCUCGAUAUCCGUCGAUGCAAUUCACGAUACAGUCCGUUCACUAUCUGCAGAAUCAAGUCAUGCGCUGCAAUAUCUUGGACAAACACUUCUAGCGGCAUAUGCAUACAAUAAUUUUGACACAAAUAAUAUCACGAUCUCGGAGCAGAAAAGCUUCAGCAAC